AUGUUGUUUUCCGUUGUCAGUCCGUCAUGUGUGAGUUUGCUUGUUAUCGAGACCGACUUCUACCUCAGUUCGGACAAGCAUCAACUGGUCGUGUCCGUAAGUUGGGUUGCACAUUGCGACCGUGUCAUCGCCUUGAUCGCUGUCAUUGUUGUGACUCGCACCCUCGACGGACGGACGGACGGACGGCGACGACGCUCUCGUCGCUUCCCACCCUCAAAGCCCCCGUCCCGUUCGAUUCGACGGGCCAUUACCAUCCUCGAAAGAGGAGUGCCCGCCGCCACAUUCACCGCCAUGUGA